AUGUCGCAGAUCCUCGAGAUGAAAACGAACUUUGAUGCAGAAAUGCUGAGGUUGGUGCUAGGCUUCUGUGCUGGGUUCUACUCUGGGGCCUAUUACCAGGACAAAUAUAAGAUAACGCCUGUAUGCGAACCAACGGAAAUGUAUAACAAGCUCCGGGAAUACAUAAAUGACCUACUUGGUGGAAAGAAGAAUGUGGGUUUUGGUGGUGCCCAAGAAGAUAUUUUUCUUGCCACCAUUCCCAGCCUCCUGAGUGGUCCUGCUUAUGGUGGGCAAGCCACUUCAAGCCUCCUGAUAGCUGCUGUACGACCGGCAAAGCAAUACAUGGCUCACCUCACCUCCCCCCUCCAUCGCUCUGCAGGUCAGCACAAAAUUUGCACUCUCGACCUGACAGAUAGCUUCCUCGAUUCAUCCGUAACGGAAAGUGGUGAACAUCUCUACAACUACUUACAAAAACGUGUUACAAACUUCAUCGAUUCUGCUGGAAAAGGAAGAAAAAUCUUCGUUUUCCUUGACGACCUAGCUGCUCUUACUGAUCUCAACGUGCCGUCGAAUAGACUUUUAGGCUCCCUCCUCGUUUCCAACCUUCAUUGUCUCGUCGUCGGUUACCGUGGCCACGUUGACUUUGAUAGCGAUGAUUUUCUCCUUCAUUUAGCUCGUAGACGAGCCGAAUUUUGCUUGGACGUGACAACCUUCGACAACCGCUACUCAGAUUCCAUUGAAGGGCAGCUGAUAAUUUCUCAGAAGAAUCAGGAACAUAACGAGGACAGGCCUAUCAAACCUACAAAGUUCCUCUUUCGUGUGGUGGAUCGUCGUAUUCAAUGCUACUAUCCAGGUGCCUCUAGUCUGCUUUUCGGCAUGAUGAAUCUGAAGGACCUGAGCUACCUCGGAAAACGGUACAAGUCAAAACGGUGGCGUGGGCUUGGGAUAAAAAUCUACCUGCUAGCGGCGUGA